CUCUCUAAAACUCUCUCUCUUUCUCUCUCUAUAUCUAUAUUCUGUACGGCUCUCACACUCUUCUCCAUCUCUUCUUCUUUCUAUAUAUAUCACUGUAUAUCGUUAAAACUGUCUUUCUUUAUUUUCUUCAUAGAAACGAACAAAGAAAUAUAAAAGAAGGGUCAAUCAAGUUAUAUGCUAUUGCAGUUAGCAGAGGUAUGAAGGGUAUGGUACGUUAUGAAUAAUACUCAAAGAUUCAUCUUUUCAAGAUCAGACUCACCCUGUAAAGCAUAAGGAAAUCGAUUCUUUAACGACCUCUCAUGGCUGGUGGUAAUGAAGUAAACGCUAGCGAAUCAAAGAGAUUGGUUCCACUUAAUACCUGGAUCCUCAUAUCCAAUUUCAAGCUUGCCUAUAACAUGCUUCGUCGUCCAGAUGGAACCUUUAACAGGGAUUUGGCCGAGUAUCUUGAACGGAAAUCCCCCGCCAAUGCGAUUCCGGUGGAUGGGGUAUACUCUUUCGACGUUGUGGAUCGAGCCACGAGCCUCCUUAACCGGAUUUACUUGCCUGCCCCAGAAGACGAAUCUCAAUGGGGGAUCAUAGAUCUCGAAAAGCCCCUAAGUACUAGUGAAAUUGUUCCUGUGAUUAUAUACUUCCACGGGGGAAGCUUUACUCAUUCCUCAGCCAACAGUGCCAUAUACGAUACUUUUUGUCGUAGGCUUGUUGCCAUUUGCAAUGCUGCUGUAGUAUCCGUGAACUAUCGUCGAUCCCCUGAACAUCGGUACCCGUGUGCAUAUGAUGACGGAUGGUCUGCUCUUAAGUGGGUUCAAUCGAGGUCGUGGUUAAGGAGUGGGAAGGACUCGAAAGUUCGCAUAUAUUUGGCAGGCGAUAGCUCGGGCGGUAAUAUCGCUCACCACGUAGCAGUUCGAGCAGCAGCCGAGGGCGCGGAUGUCUCGGGUAAUAUCCUACUUCAUCCAAUGUUUGGUGGGGAACAGAGAACUGAAUCUGAGAACAAAUUGGAUGGGAAGUACUUUAUGACUGUUCAAGACAGAGAUUGGUACUGGAGAGCAUAUUUACCCGAGGGCGAAGAUAGAGAUCAUCCUGCGUGCAAUAUAUUCGGCCCUCGGGGUAUAAGCCUCGACGGAGUUAACUUUCCAAAGAGCCUCGUGGUCGUGGUUGGGCUGGAUCUUGUUCAGGAUUGGCAAUUGGCUUAUGUCGAAGGGCUAAAAGAAUCCGGUAAGGAAGUUAAACUUCUUUAUCUCAAUCAGGCGACGAUUGGUUUCUACUUCUUGCCAAAUAACGACCAUUUCCGUUGCCUCAUGGGCGAGAUUCGAGAGUUCAUCCACUCUUAACUGUUAAUACAUUACUUAACUUCGAUUACAAGCAGCAUAUACGACAGAGAAGCUUUGACAUUUUACUUUGAAUAUGGUGUUUAGAUAUAUAUAAUUGUGUAGAUUUUACUUGUUAUUAACUUGCCAUUCAUGGUGGUGAUACGAGAUCAUAGCUUUCGUCUUCUUGGGUCAAGAAGUCCAGUUCUAUUCAUGUUGAGAUCGUUCUUUCUUCUUCUUCUUCGGUCGAGGAGUCGAUCCAUGUCACAAUAUCAUUUAUUGUGGUACCUCAGUAUUGUAACUUAUUUAUGGAUUUUGCAUAACUACAUAUGAAGCUUAUCAUAUCAGAUUUCUUGUAAUCUUGAACUGGUUUGUUACCAUCAGGCUACUGCUAUAAAUGCUAAUUUGCAACCUGGAUUAGGAAAUCCAUGAUGUUGUGAACUUUGUAUUCUAUAUAUGUGCUUUGGAAUUUA